AUGCUAAUCAUUAGUAUUAGAUUAUAAUAAGAUUAUAGCUCAAACCUAAAAUUUAAAACAUCUUUCAGAAAUUGCAUUUUGGAAGCCUUUAAAAGAAGAUUAUGGAAGGAGACAGAGGGGGAUGAUUGGGAUAUCAUGUGGGCAGAGAAGGAAUGGAUUCACGAAGUGUUGGAUCAUACUCAUCUAUAAUCCAAUUAAAAAAUCAAUCAUUUCAGAAAUCAUUACGAAUUAACAAGGAAGGAUCUCAUGAUCAAGAAUUUUAAAAGGUAUAAGAAAAAUUUAGAAAGAGAAGGAAAAUCAGAAGAAGCAAAUAAUUAUAAUUUCUUCCCUCUAACUUUCCACUUGCCUAGUGAAUAUCCAAUAUUUUUUGAGGAAUUCAAAAGGUAAUCCGCCAAUAGUGAUACCAAAACAGCUUGGAUCAUGAAACCUAUCGGCAAAUCGCAAGGUAAAGGUAUAUUCAUCUUCAACAAAAUUUAAUAAAUAUCUCAAUGGAAGAACACUCUAAGAUAUAAUUAAGAUAAUCCAUAAGCAGAAGCCUAUAUAGUGUAAAAAUACAUAGCAGACCCAUUACUUAUUGGCGGCAAGAAAUUCGACAUGAGAAUCUAUUUAUUAUGCACUUCCUAUUAACCCUUAACAUUAUAUUUAUAUAGGACUGGAUUUGCAAGAUUUACACAUCAUCGUUAUGAUAGCGAAGACAUUUCAAAUACAUAUGUUCAUUUAACCAAUGUGGCCAUUCAAAAAACAUCUGAUAAUUAUGACGAAAAACUUGGUGGUAAGUGGAAUUUAUAAACACUUAAACUCUAUUUAAUGACAAAAUAUGGCUAAGAAAAGGUUGCUGAAACUUUUUAUAAUAUUUAAAUGCUUAUGAUUAGAUCACUCUAAGCAGUUCAAAAGAUUAUUAUUAAUGAUAAACACUGUUUUGAAUUAUAUGGAUUUGAUAUUUUACUCGAUGCUCAACUAAAACCAUGGCUAUUAGAAGUAAAUGCAAGUCCUUCAAUGACUUCCAAUACUCCUGUAGAUUUUGAAUUAAAGUGUGGCUUAUUGGAUGAUGUAUUUACAAUAAUUGAUUUGGAGAAGGUUUUGACAGGUAAUGAAGAAUAAAUUGGAGGGUUUGAUUUGAUUUGCAAAGGCAAUCCAAUUAAAUUACCUAUUAAUAGCACUUUUACCACUUAUCUAGGUGCUUUUAAUAACAGACAAUAAUAAUUAAAAAAGAUUGCCAAAUCUACUGCAAUCAGAUUGGCUUAAACAUACUCAGAAGGUCAAAUGAAAGCAAUUGAAGUUGGAUCUAAAGGAUAAAAAGAAAAAGAAGAGAAAGAUAAGUAAAUGAGAAGUUCAUCCAAAGGACCUUAAGCUAUGCAAAACGGAAGCAAUGUUAAUAAUAAAUCUAAUAAUUUAACUAAGUAGAACACAAUUAUGAAAAGAAACACUACAAAUUUACCUGCUUUAGGUACUAUGCAAAAUAAAAGUAAUGUUAAAAGAUAACCAUUAUAAAAUGCUGGAUAGUAAUAAUAAAUUUAGCAAUCAUAAUCAAAUUCAAGCAAAAAAAAUAACCCCAACGAAGACUCAAUGCUAAGUGCUAAUCAGAAGCUGUAGAAAUUAACUUAGGAAAGUAAAAUAAAUUAGUUUUAACCUUAUAAAUAACAAUCAUAAUAUAACGAAGUUAUGGGUAUGGGUGGGGGUUCGAGAAAUCUUUAAAAAAACGAAGAAUGA